GCCCGAUAAAACAAAGUUGAAGCUUGGUCGAGGAUUCUACACAACCCAAAGGAAAAUGCAGAAAAACUGUUGAGAAAAUGAGCAAAAUUCUCUGGGUGUAAUCUGGGUUCCAGCCCAAGAAGAAGAAGAAGAAGAAGAAGAAGAAGCAGCAGCACCUAUGGCGAGUACCAAAUUAACUGUAGCAAGGACCACGUUCGAUCUGCCGUUCGAGAUAACGGUGGAAAUCCUAUCGAGAUUGCCAGUGAAAUCCCUCUUGCGAUUCAAGUCCGUAUGCAAAACCUGGAAAUUCAAUAUCCGAGCUGAUCUGUAUGUUAUGAGCACUGAUACUUGGAUGGAAAUUGAUUUCAAUAAGCUGUUGUUAUUCUUGGGGGAGAUGAAUGAAUUGGGGGAGUUCGUGAAUAUCAGUGGAUCUUUUGCUACAGCCUUGAAUGGAGUUUUCUAUUGGCCUGCACGUGUAGUCCCAACUAAUCAAGUGGUUGUUGUGUCCUUCGACAUGGGUAAUGAGGUGUUCAGAAGAAUAAGAACACCUGAGUGUUUGCAUUGGACUCAGAAUCUAACUCACUGGCAAUUUGCAGAAUUAGAUGAUAAAAUUGCUCUGGUUGUUUCUCCCGAUGAAAGGGGCUUCGAUGUGUGGGUGUUGAAUGAAAACGAGAGUUGUUGGACUAACCAUAUUAAAGUUGGGGCUUUUCCGAGGAUUGCAAGUGAUAUGGGAUACGAGGUAGAUGGUGAUAUUACAGUGGUGGGAGGUGGGAAAAAUGGUGAAUUGUAAGUGACUGAGCAUAAAUAUUCUGGUGAGCUAAAGCUCUUUUCACAUGAUACAAAGACCCAGGAAACAAUUGAUCUUUAUUGUGGUAAGCUUCCGUAUGAAUCUAGUGUUUAUUUGUAUGCGGGGACUCUACUUCCAGUCAUGCAUGCCAAUAAAAUCGUGCUCAACAAGUAGAACAAGAAUAGGAAAGCACUUAAUUUUGCGGCAGCAACUCAGAUGUGACUUGUGAGUUCCUGUUUGGAAUGCUUUCUUUGUUCAUGGCUAUUUUGGUUGCGGUUGCUUAACUAUGCUCAAAGUAGCCUUUUUGGGAACCCUUUUGUUCCUAGAAUCCAGUGUUUCAUGUUUGAGCCUGGAUGUACUUUCUUUUGAGUACGUAAUACAUGUUGACACUUGAUGUAUGUAAUGUUGACAGUUACAUUUCAGAGCCUAUAUUUCAACUUCCAAUUGAUA